UAACACAAAGGAUCUCGAAAUCGUAAUAUAACUGGACGACAGGGCAGCCAAACUUUCUAUUUUCAAGUGAUACAACUCAACAGUGGAACAGGCACUUCUUAUUUUCAAGCAUUACGAUCAAAGGACGAGUCGAAGGAACUUUUUUACCCGCAAAUAGCAGAUAAAACGGAGGGAAUCAGAAGAAUCUUUAUUUUCAAAUGGUACAACUCAAUGACAAAUCAGACGAACUUCUAUUUGUCAAAUCAGAUUACAUUGACCUAUAAAAAGCGUAUAGCUUGCCGAAAAUAUCUAACAUAACCUAACCUUUUUAUGUAGUUUAGUGGGUUCACGGUAUGAAUGUGGAUGCAAAUGAUCGGACCACGGUUGAAAAUGUGUUAUUACUAUAUCGUGAGAUAUAGUUAUAUUAUUGAACAAUAAGAAAAAUGGAAUUUAUAACGUUAGAACUAAGACCACGACUGCAAUCGUGCAAUGCAUUUAUCGCUAUGCGUAAAGAUCUAGAUUUAAAAGAUGUUCAAGUUAAACUUUCGGAAAGUAACAUAGCGUUAGUACUCAAAGAUCAUAAUAUGGAUUUCUCGUUGCCAUUCAUAAAGAUUGUACCUACUUCUUUGUCUAUGUUAAGUAUAAGGAACAAUUGGAUUUGUUUUCGUUUACAAAUGAUGCCACUGAAUUCGGUAUUUGGAUCUUUUAGCGUAGAGGUGCUAACUGAUUCAAACAAAUCAGCCCAGUUGACUUGUUCGCAACCAAUUUUAGAAGAUAUCAAAUUGCUAUUUAAGGCAUCAGAAUGUAUCGUAUUAUGUGCUUGUUGUAAGAAUGUUAUCUCAAAGCCAACUACUUUUAAACGAGCUCUACCUUUGCCUGAUAUACAGUGCAGCCCAGAUGAAUGGUUCUGUUGCAAGCAUAGUUCUAAUGAUAUUGUAAACAUAGAAACACAAAAAUCUGAUUACUUGUAUGGGUCUUACUUUGCUCUGCUGCACAAGAAUAUUUUUAUAAACAAUCUACGCAUAGAUAAUAAAACAUUAACCUGUGAUAAAUGCUUUCUGCAUAUAGGGGCGCUUUAUUCGUGUAAUUUACUCAAAUUAUGGAAUUGUUGUGUAGAUUACAAACCUCAGGAUGACACAUUAAGUAUUGUAAAUGCUACUAAUCCAUUAGAUGACUUUUUAAUAUUCAUAAAAGACUCAUUGACUAACAUAUUAGGAGAAGAAAUUAUCUUGCAAACAUCUAUUGGCAAACAGACUCAUUAUCUUUUGAUAAAACCAAUGGAUCGUGAAUUGAAUUUAAUUACAGAACCAUAUCACCAAAUAAUCAAUACCGACGCACCUAUCUCGUUACAGCAGAAAUGUGUUGCCAAAGUUUUAUACAAGUAUGACACAAGCAAAAUUGCUAACACUAAUAAUCAUUGGAAUGUUGAAUAUCACGAAGUAAGUUUACCUAUGAUCGAGGCGGGAUUAAAACAUUUAUUGUCAUCGACGGAACGCCUGCCUCAUAAUAAUAGAAAUAUUGCAGACUACUUUCUUGGUUAUAUAGCACUACGAGAGAAUGUGAGCAAAGUAUUAUGAUAUCACCGCGGACCAUGUCCAUUUUUGUACAUCUUGCAUAUAUUUUACUUAUUUUUAUAUACAAUAAAAAAAAAUAUCCACUAUAUGCCUGUCUUUCAGUACAAAGUCCCAUCUAAGAUUAAUCAGGAAUAGAUUAUUAAAAUAACUUCUAUAAUUCUUAUACGUAUCACAGCAAUCCAAGGGAAAUAUUUAGAUCCUCUAUGUUUUUCUAGGAAUACAAUGAGAAUGUCAUUACUUCAACAAAUCAAUUUUGUUUAAUUAAGAAUUUCCAAUACUUAUAUCAAUAUAAAUUGUAUAUAUCGUAAUUAAUACUAUUAGGACGUAUUUUACAAUACAAUUUUAUCAAUCAGAUGCGUCAACAAUUCAUUUGAGUAAGAAAGAAAUUGGAAUGUAGAGAAACAGAGAAAUUUAUACUGUUGCAAUAGCAACGAAAUGUUAAAUAGCUGCCACGGACAUAUCAUUCUGUGCAUAAGUAAUGCAAUUUAUUUCAGAAACUCAUAAUUACGGAAUGUGGACCAUGCAUCAUAUAUAAAGGGAAAUAUGUAGCUAUCUACACGAGAAAAAUCCAAAGUUACGUGAAAAUAAUUCUAUAAUCAGAAUACCGCGCAUGUAUUAUCUAUGUCUAUCCUAUCAUAAAACAUUUGAAUAUGAUAUGGUAUAUACGAUCUAUACAAUGCGAUGUAUACAGAUUUGCAUAAAUUGUACAUAUAAUCUUUCUUAUAACAAAUUACAACGUUAAUAAAACGUCACAAUUGUCAUAAUAAAAUGUAAUUUUGCUAUACA